AUGGAAAACCUAGAAACAUUAGAACCAAGCAACCAAUACAUAUCAAUAGAAAAUAAUCAGGAAAAAGUAUUUGAUACAUGUUUAGAUCUCUCAAAAAAGGCACGGAAACAGUGUCAUCAGCUCUUAGAUUAUUAUCCAGUUGAUUCUAAAGCAAAAACACAGUUAAUGACGUUAAUAACACGGCUUCGUGCAGCAAAUAGAGUAGCAUAUCUUGAAGCACGUGCAUCAAAACAAGAAACCCAGCGUGCCCGUCAAUCAUUGGAUCAGAAACAUGUGCAACUUCAAAAUCUUUAUUAUGAACAACAACAUAUUUUAGCAACAAUUAAAGCAUGUGAAACAUUUCCUACAAUGUAUAAUUCACUUUCUAUGAUUUCGGAAGAAGAGUUUCUUGCACUUCAUCCUAACUUUAACACUACGGAUCAACAUGCUUUAAUGCUUGCUCGUCUUUCCUAUGAAAAAAAGGAGAGAGAAAAUCUUGAAAAAGUUAGACGGGAUCUUCUUAAACAGAAAUCAGAGUUAAUAUCCCAAAACAAGACUCACAAAGAAGAUCUUGAAACGUUAGAUUUUCAAUUAAAAAAUUUCAUAAGGGUAAGUCAUUUUUUUUAUUUAAAUAGGUCUUAUUUGUCUAAGAACGCGGAACCUUUACAAGAAUUUAUGAAAAAAUACUAA